UCCCACCUCAACCCACGAUGCCCCCUCAUCCGCCCAACCUCCUCACUCCUCCCCAAACCAUCACCCCCCAAACCGCGCUCCUCCUCUCCCAAAAAGCCCCUCGCAUCCUCUCCUCCCCACCCAGUGGCUCCUCCCUCCCCUGGCCCCUCUCCCUGCUCUUCUCUCCCGAGAACCCCUCCACCUGGACCAUCCACGAGAACCUGCUCCUCUCCUCCCUCCGCACCGGCGACGACGCCUCGGCCCGCAAGGCCCUCGACCGCCUGACCACGCGCUUCGGCGCCGACAACGAGCGCAUCGUCGCGCUGCGCGGCAUCUACGAGGAGGCCCAGGCGAAGACGGACAAGGAGCUCGAGGCCCUGUUCCACAGGUACGAGAAAUUGCUGCGGGACGACCCGACCAAUUUCGCCGUCCGGAAGCGGCGUAUUGCCGUGCUGAAGAGCCUGGGGAGGACGAGUGAUGCCAUCACCGCGUUGACGGUGCUGCUUGAGAAUAGUCCUACGGAUGUCGAGGCGUGGGCUGAGGCGAGUGAGUUGUAUGCCUCGCAGGGGGCGUUGAGCCAGGCGAUUUUCUGUAUGGAGGAGGUGUUGGUCUUGGUGCCGAAUGCGUGGAGUGCGCAUGCACAACUCGGCACCCUCCACUACCUCCAAGCAACUUCGUCUUCUCCUCCAAACAUCUCCUCCCUGAGCACCUCCCUCCGAUACUUCAGCCGCGCCCUCGAACUCAACGAUUCCUACCUCCGAGGCUUCUACGGCCUCAAGCUCGUCUCCAAAAGCCUCAUCCCUUUACUCUCCGAUUCGCCUACCAAUACUGCAUCCUCCAGCAGCAAACGCAAAGAUAACAAGGACAAGGACAGGGACGCAGCAGAUGACGAAGAUCUACCUCCCCCAUCACUCGCAACCGUGAAAAAGCUCGAGGAACUCGCUACCAGCAGACUCGGCGAAAUCAUCCGAAACUACAGCUCCGGGAGGAAAGGGUGGACGGGAUACGAUGAAGCGGAGGUGAUUGCAGCGCGGGAAUUGUUAGAUCGGGACGGCCAAGUGGAGAGGUGAGCGCGAGUGGCCUUUCAUCGGUUGGAAUUGCGCCUUGGAAGCUCCCGUUGGGGGAUACGAAACCCCUGGUAAUGGGGAUAACCAGGGGAAAAGGGGAAAUGCUUCAAAAUUGCUGAGGCGGGACUUCAAGAGCGACGAAGCGGAAUGGGCGUCUGGCGUUGGGCGUAUGAUACCCGUUUCGUAGGAAAUGGGAGCUCGACUUUUUGGGCCUGGGGAAAUAGUGUCCAUAAUACCAUGUGGCGAAGGAAAUACAUCUUGAACUCUGC